UGUGGGAUUGGCCGACCGUAGGGGGGGUGUUGUGCGGUUCACUGUGGAGAGCAUUCAGACCCGUAGGAAGACGCACGAGCUCCUCCGCAGCAGCGCGCAUUUUUACCGGCAGGUAUUCGCUUUACCGGAGUCUGUCAGCGGAUUCUCCGACAUGUUGGGCCAGGUCGCCAAACAGCUCAAGAGCCAUCCAGCUCUCAUCCCCCUCUUCAUCUUCAUUGGUGGCGGGGCAGCCAUGAGCAUGAUGUACUUGGCUCGGCUGGCUCUGAAAAACCCAGCAGUCUGUUGGGAUCGCAAGAACAACCCCGAGCCCUGGAACACCAUGCAGCCCGAUUAUCAGUACAAACUCUACGCAGUUAACACGGACUACUCCAAGCUGAAGAAGGAAGGGCCCGAUUUCUAAGUCCCCGUGACUUCACACCUCCGUCUCUGACAUUGUCGUCAGUGUGGGGAGCCUUUGCACUUUUUGCCAAAUAGAAAACAAACUUAUGACAUUGAAUGAAGGUUGAGUCGCACUGCGUGCUGCACUCAUUCAGUCAGUUCAUUUCCAGUGUGAAGGGGGAAAGGGAUCAUUCACUUAUCAGUGACUGUAUGUAUAAAACAGGCAGCCACCUGUUUUUACUAAUUGAAUAAUUUAUUUUUGAGUUUGUGUUAAUAAUUAAAACUAUUGCAAUCUCA